AGCAGCGGAUCCGCCUGGUGGUUACAACGGUACGCUGCUCCUGCGGAACAGCCAGAACCGCACCCUUCCCCGGCCUUCAUACGUAUUCUUCGCCUCUUCCCCUCCUCGCGGAUCUUGGAUUGAUUUGAGCCCGAUGGCGGCCGCCGGCGUCUGCCGCUCCUCCGCCCGCGAGGACCUCGAGAAGGUGUCCGACCGCUGCUCCCGUCUCUGCCCCGACCUCUGCGAUCGUGCGAGUAGCUCCUCGUGGGUAUCGAAGGCGGCGAUGGUUCUGCUUCAUGUGACGUUCGUGGGCGUUAUCUUCCUUUUCGAUGCCAAUUUGAUACGCAAGACUAGGGAGGAGCCAUGGUUUACUGCAGUGUACUUGGUGGUUUUUGUAGCUACAUUAGUUCAGUAUUUCUUAACAUCAGGCUCAUCUCCAGGGUAUGUUAUUGAUGCAAUGAGGGCAGGAAAUGGAUCAAAUACUACUUACAUGAAAUCACCAAUUUUAAAACAGUCCAAUUCAAGGAAUGAGAACAUAAUUUCUUCUUCGACCCAGAACCAAUUAGAAAGACAAAGUUCAUACUCGACUUCUUUCUGGUCGAAGCUAGUUAUGGACCUCUACCCUCCUGGAUCAGCAAUCAGGAACUGGACUUGCACUUACUGUAAUAUCAUUCAGCCUCCACGGGCAAAGCACUGCCAUGAUUGUGACAAAUGUGUCCUUCAAUUUGAUCAUCACUGUGUUUGGCUAGGAACUUGCAUCGGGCAAGGAAAUCAUUGCCGAUUUUGGUGGUAUAUUUUCGAAGAGACGAUCCUUUGUGUCUGGACUGUUGUAUUGUAUAUCACAUUCUUGCAUUCAGAAAUUGUGAAGGCUUGGUGGAAGGAUUUCAUUGCAAUAGUACUAUUAGCUUUGUUGUUGUUUUGCCUCAUCUUUCUGCUUCUGCUGCUUGUAUUCCACAGUUACUUAGCAUUAACAAAUCAGACUACUUAUGAAAUGGUGAGAAGGCGUCGCAUAUUGUACCUAAGGGGAAUUCCAGAAAAGGUUCAUCCAUUUAGCAGGGGCAUCUCCAAAAACUUGUACACCUUUUGUUGCCCCAGGGGCAGCAGAUACACUCUGGAAGCUAUCCCAAGAAUGGAGGAACUAGAAGAAAGAGCAAGACCUUACACCUGUAUCGACAUUAUUUCUUGUAGGUGUUGUUGAUCAAUUACGUUCAUCGACCAGAUGAUGUAUUCUUUCCAAUGUAUUUUGUCAUCCUGUUUUCUUUCUUUUUCUUUUCUUUUUUUGUGUGGCUGAUACGAUUAGGUUGCAUUCUGUGUGUCAUAUUUCUUCCACAAUCUCGAUCCCUCUUUUUAGUGAGCAAAGCUGUCUUAUCUCAGCCCUUUCCAUAAUA